UUCUCCUGCGGCCACUCCGCUUCGAUGGACAGACUUUUUCUCCGGCGAAUUCUCUCCGGCAGCCUCUGUCACGGACAUAGACUUCGCCGCACGGACUUCGGAAGUCUAUGUCCGUGACAACUCCCUCCGGCAACCUGAAAAAAUGUACCAGUGCGUUAAAAAGUGUAGCAAUCCAUUAGUCUGCUGGUAAUUAAUAUAUCAGUGCUAGUGGUACGCUACUAGUGCGUUAAAAAAUGUACCAGUGCUAGUGGUACGCUACCAGUAAUAAUGGUACGCUACCAGUGCUAGUGGUACGAUGCCAUUACCACUUGUAGCGGUACAAUUAGCAGUACCAGUACCACUGGUAGCGGUACUAUUAGCAGUACCAGUACCACUGGUAGCGGUACCAUUGCCACUGGUAGCGUACCACUAGAGACUAGCACAAAAAAAAUCAGAUCUGAAAUAUGAAAAAUCACAUAUUUGAAAAAAAAAAAUCAGGGAUGACGAAAGGGGGAGGCAGGGGAGAGGCGGUGACCUCGUGGCGACGAUGGUGGUGGUAGACAGAGGGCGGCGGGAGGGUUGCGACGAUGGUGGUGGUGGGAGGAGGAGGCCGCGAUGGCUGCGGGGCGAGGGACGUGACAGUGCUGGGAGGCGGAGGGCGCGACGACGGGAGGGCUGCAGCAGUGAUGAGAGGCGGAGGGCGUGGCGGGUCGGCAGGACGGCUGCGACGACGGUGGGGACAGUCGAUAGAGAGAUGGAAGUGAUGGGAGGAAGAAGAAGAAUAAUAGGUUGAAGAAAGAUGGCGUGAGAAAGAGAGGAAAGAGAGAAUGUAGGGUUUUAGGUAUUAAUAGGGGUAAUAAUCUAGUGUGGUCAAUUUUUUCGUCCAAAAAUACCCUUAAUCUAAUCUGUACCAUUGAUUUGAAAAGGAAAAAAAAAGAGACAAGAGAGGGAAUGAAUCCUAUGGUUAUAAAAUGGGCUGUUAAUCUCACAACCCUUAAUGAGGUUGUCACCAUAUCUCAUCCCUCGAUUUACCAGAAGGAGAAGAAGAAUUAAUAGCAUUUUGAAUGCUCGGGUAUCAAAUUUGAUUUAUUUUACUUUGUUAAUCAUCUACAUUUAUUAGUUUCUUCAUUAUUACUUGGUGAUUGGAAUAUCUUUAUUUGGUAUGUAUUCAUGACUGAAUUUUUUAAAAUAAUUCAUAUUUAUCCCACAAUAAGUAUAAGUCAUGUCA